CUUUAAUUUACUUGUCUCAUUCUCGUUGCUAGGCCUUACUUUUUAACCAGUUUGUCAUUUGGCUUUACAGGCUCCACACACACAAAUUUUUUUAUAAUCAAAAUGCCAAAUGCUCCCAAAUGCUCUGAAUGUGGGCAAGUGCACCUCGCCGGUGCAAAUGGUGCCAUCUACUGCUGCGGUCCGUUGUUGCGAGCUGUUCAAAUGACUGGCUUGUACAAGGAUUGCAAGUAUUUUGUGGACAUGAGCUGUCGUUAUUCUCCAGAGCGUAUACUCGCCGAUUUCCAAUUGUUUAGCUCAUGCAAGAAGAAUGAGACAUCGGUUAAACAUCUUACCAAUUUCGUGGAUAAUCAUUUUGAUCAGCCUGGCACGGAAAUGGAAUAUUGGUGUCCGCCUGAUUGGCGAAUGGAGCCCGCGUUCCUAUGCCAAAUUAAGGAUCCACAAUUAAAAAAGUUUGGCUCGGAUUUAAAUCGUAUUUGGAAGCAGCUAGGCCGUAACAUGAAGGAUUGUGUAAGAACAAGCCCCCAAAUGUACUCACUGGUAUAUGUACCAAAUCCGUUCAUUGUGCCCGGCGGACGAUUUAUUGAGUUCUACUACUGGGACACAUACUGGAUUGUCCGCGGUCUGCUCUACAGCGGCAUGCAUCAGACGGCACGUGGCAUGAUUGAUAAUCUGCUCUAUAUGGUGCAGCAGUAUAAGGCGGUGCCCAAUGGCGGCCGAGUCUACUACUGGGGUCGCUCACAGCCGCCCCUGCUAACUCUCAUGGUCAAGUCGUUUAUGGACUUUACCAAAGACGAUCAAUAUGUUCUUCGCGUACUACCGCUGCUCGAAACGGAGAUGGAUAACUUUUUAAAGAAUCAUUCGGUACAGGUCGAGGGUCGUACCAUGUAUCAAUAUCGCGAUAAAUCAUCGGGGCCACGGCCCGAAUCGUACCGUGAAGAUGUAGCUAGCGCGGCUGGCUUCUGCUCAGAUGAUGAAAAGGAGGACCAUUAUGCAAAUCUGAAGGCUGCCUGCGAAUCGGGCAUGGACUUCAGCUCGCGCUGGUUUGUCUCGCCCUGUGGCACCAAUGUGGGCACACUGGCAAACAUCAAAACAUCCUGGAUAGUGCCCGUCGAUCUCAAUUGCAUACUCUUCCGUAGUUGUAAGACACUGGCCGAGUUCAAUACCAUGGCCGGAAAUACCGCCAAGGCGCAACAAUAUCGUAACAUUGCCUGUGGUCUGAUCAAGGCCAUAACCGCUGUGCUGUGGAAUGAAAAGCGCGGCGUCUGGCUGGAUUAUGAUCUGAAGAACAAAACACAGCGCGACUUUUUUGUCGUCACAAAUCUAUCGCCGCUCUGGCUUCAUGCCUAUCCCAUAGCUGAUAACGAAAAAAUCUCGAAAUCUGUAAUGGACUACAUCGAGGAAAAUGGGCUAGACUCACUUCCGGGUGGUGUGCCGCACACACUGAGUAAUACUGGCCAGCAAUGGGACUAUCCGAAUGUAUGGGCACCAAUGAUGCUAAUGCUGAUCGAGGGUCUGAAUAAUCUGGGAACUCCCGAGGCCGACGAGAUGUCGAAACGUUGGCGAGAGCGGUGGGUAAGAACUAACUAUGAGGCGUUUAAUAAAAGUGGUUUUAUGCACGAAAAGUAUAAUUGCGAGGAAUUCGGCUCUCCCAGCGUUAACGGCGAGUACCAGGCCCAAACUGGCUUUGGAUGGACAAAUGGUGUCCUGAUCGAACUGCUGGCCAGGUAUGGCGCGGAGCUUACAGCUUCCGAUGUUGAUCCAAAUUGUGGUGCUACAGAGGCUGCUGCAGCUGAACCAGAUUUAACCUGCCGUUGCGACGAGGAAGAAAACCUAAAGUCAUCUUUAGAAGGUUGUCCCAUAACAAGCGAGGCAUAUUUGGAACAGAAGGCCGCGGAAGGUGAUGCUGCCGACUGUGACUGCCCUCAAGAGAAUUAUAAUGCGCAGGAUGUGGCAAGCUUUGCAACGAGUGAAAAUCCGUGUGCGCCCGGCUGCCCGAAUUUUCCCCCCCCUCAAGAAUGUGGUCCGGCUCAAGCUCAAGCUCAGCAGCCCCAGCCGUGUACUCCGCCUCAGCAGCCCCAGCCGUGUACUCCGCCUCAGCAGCCCCAGCCGUGUCCUCCGCCUCAGGCUGCUGCACAAAAAAAAUGCCCGAAAUAUCAACAAGCUCCCCUAGCUUCCGCUCCCUCACCCGGUGCACAAUGUACCCCAAAUGCUAUUCAAUCUCCAAAACAGGGUGGAAAGCGAUUAUCUGCUGCUGCUGCAUAUCCAACUUGUCCAGAUUGUUACCAAUAUAUUUAUUCAGCUCCAGGUCAACAGGCUGCUGUUCCACCUCCAUCCGGUGGACAGCCAUGCCCGGCUUUUCAACAAAUUCCCGCUGCACCUUCACCCGGUGGACAUCCUUGCGCGGCUUACCUACAACCUCCCGUUGCAGCUGCACCCGGUGGACAACCGUGCCCGGCCUAUCAACAAGCUCCCGCUGCAGCUUCACCCGGUGGACAACCAUGCCCGUCUUAUCAACAAGGUCCCGGUGCAGCUGCACCCGGUGGACGUUUAUCAAAUGCUUAUCAAUCUAAUGGAGGCCAGAUGAAUCAAAACCGGCCUGGUGCCUAUCCGGGCUAUUACCAAGCUCAACAAGGUCAGCAAGCUCCUGCUGCAUAUUCACCCGGUGGACAACAAUACCAACAAGCUCGUCAAGCUCCCCAAGCCCAACAAGCUCAAUAUAUUCAACAAGCUCCUCAGUAUGCUCAAGCUCAACAAGCUCAACAAUAUCCUCAAUAUUCCCAAUAUCCCCAAAAUGGCAAAUCUCCUGCUACAAAUGCACCCUGUGGCAUAUGUAAUCAAGCUCCUCCUCAAAAUCAACCUCGUCAAUCUGAUCCGGCUGCUGGGUCACCCUGUUUGCAAAAUAACCAAAAUAAUUAUCAAGCUGCAAAUCAGAUGCGUCAAGCUCCAAAUCCCUAUCAAGCUCCUCUAAUUGAUCCUAUGUCCGCGGACUGUUCCGUGUGCUGUGGCGCCUGUGGAAGACCAAAGGGGGCCGCCGCCAAAGAGGCUAUGGAGUGUCCCGAACCGCAGCCAAUUCAGAUUGAAGAGGCCGACGUUAACUGCCUAUUGGAUUUGAGUCCCUCAGAAGCGGAAGAAUUGCAAGCCUUGUGUCCAUGCGAUGGAAAAGCAGAGGAAGACGCAGACGAAGACGCAGAAAAAAGUGAAAUGUCCGAUGAUUGUGCAGAUGAAGACGACUGCUCAUUCCCAGAACCAGAAUGUCCGCCCAUUAUGAAUAAGUUAUUUCCACUUGCCGAUGAGAUUAAAUGCCCUCUGCCAGUAGAGCCAAAAGAAUCUGAAGAAGCUUGCCAAUGUUUCAGACUUAAAGAGGAAAAGGAAAAGGAGUCCGCAGAAAAGGAUUGUGAUUAAAUUUGGCAGACAAAGCAUUUGACAGCAUAUUAUACUUGCCCUGAAAUAGUCAAAAUUUAACAGUAAUGGUACAAGCAAAUUAAAAAAUCGAAAAAAACAGUUUACUAAAAA